UGUAUUGCUGGAUGGACAGGAUUUGCACUGCCCUGCAGUCCCGCUGAUACAAAAUGCCUUUAAGAUCCUGCCUUUCCCAUCCUAAUCUACAAAGGAAACAGGAAAAAGGAACUUAAACUCCCUGUACUCAGACAGCAAUGAGACUGUUCCAGCCUGCUCCAGCGCUGAGAUUUCUUGCCUGCGACUUGUAAACAGCGUACCAUGCAGAAGAAGAGUAACUGGUAAACGUCUGCCCCCAGAAAAGGAUACUCCAUGAGCGGCUGUAAGAACUGGAUGGAUAAAUUUUGGAAAGCAUGGACCCCUUAGCACGUCUAGUUCUCUAUGGAUUCAGCCUGAUGAUUUCAGGUAAAGUGGAAGCGGCACUGGACCUCAUACUGAUCAAUUCAUUCCCUCUGGUGGGCAACUCCGAGACAUCACUUAUCUGUAUCACUUCCAAAUGGCGUUCCCGAGAGUCUAUCACAAUAGACCGAGACCAGGAGGAUGUGACAAACCAGCACCGGGAACCACUGGAAGUUAAUGAAGACUUAAAGAGAGCGACAGCCAAAACAGUGGUGUGGAAGAGGGAACAGGCCAGUGAGACUAUUGGAGCCUAUUACUGUGAAGGGAAGCUCAAGGAUGAGGUGACGAGGAUACACACCAUGAAGAUGCCGCUGGGAGCCUCAUUCCACCCGGUUGCAUUAACUGUUACAGCAAAUAAGGGAGAGCAUGUGAAUAUUUCCUUCAUCAGAAUGGCAGCAAAAGAGGAAGAUGCAGUGAUCUACAAAAAUGGUUCCUUCAUCCACUCUGUGCCCAGGCAUGAAGUACCAGGAGAGUUGGAGGUCUCCUAUCCUCAAGUUCAACCACAGGAUGCAGGGGUUUACUCUGCCCGAUAUAUAGGAGGAAACCUCUUUACUUCUGCUUACACAAGGCUUAUUGUGAGACGAUGUGAAGCUCAGAAAUGGGGCCCUUCCUGUAGCUCCCACUGCCCUUCCUGCACAAACAACGGCAUUUGUCAUGAAGAUACUGGGGAAUGCAUCUGUCCUCCAGGUUUUAUGGGAAAAACAUGUGAGAAAGCUUGUGGAGCCAAUACAUUUGGCAAAACAUGUGAAGAGACCUGUAAAGAAAACUAUGGCUGCAGAAACUAUAUGUUCUGUCUACCAGAUCCAUACGGUUGCUCUUGUGCCACAGGAUGGAUGGGACUGGAAUGUGAUAAAGAGUGCAAACCUGGUUUUUAUGGGUCGGAUUGCAAACUCAAAUGUAAUUGUCACAAUGGAGGGACAUGUGACAGAUUUAAGGGCUGCAUCUGCUCCCUGGGAUGGCAUGGUCUGCAAUGUGAAAAAGAAGGUUCAGCAGAUCUUUCACCUCAGAUAGAAAACUUACUAGAUCCCGUAGAACUCAAUUCUGGUGUCGAGUUCAAGCCCUUUUGUAUAGCAACUGGGAUGCCACUUCCUAAAUCUGAAGAAUUUAAACUUUUGAAGCAAGAUGGAACUGUCCUAAGGCCUGCCCUGAUUGUUACCAGCAAUCGCUCUGAAGCCAUGUUCACAAUUAAUCGAAUCCAGCCCCGUGAUACAGGAACCUGGGUCUGCAGUGUGCAGACAGUAGCAGGAAUGGCAGAGAAAGCAUUUCAAGUUACAGUCAAAGUUCCUCCUGUGCCACAGUAUGCUCCAAGGCUGACAGACAGUGGACAUAAUUUUCUCAUAAUUGAUAUCAAUGCUGACUUACAUCUUGGAGAUGGACCUGUUGUGUCAACAAAACUCCUAUACAAGCCAGCAAAACAUUAUCAGUCCUGGAUGUCUGUGGAAGUAAAAGGCACGACCAAAAGACUGGACAACCUGGAACCAAAAACAGAGUAUCUGUUUUGUGUUCAGCUGAGUCGGCAAGGGGAAGGUGGGGAAGGCCAUCCUGGACCACAGGCUAGAUUCACAACAGCUGCGCUUGGUCUUCCUCCACCAGAAGGUCUCGCUCUCUUUCCAAAAAGUAUGACAUCACUGAAUUUGUCAUGGCAUCCUUUAACACUGAAGACAGAGGAUGACAUUCGUGUUGAAGUGGAAAGGAAGAGUGUGAAUGAUAAUGGUGAUGAGAGCAGUGUUAUUACUCAAGUGCCAGGAAAUAUGUCCACCCUGAUCAUUAAAGAUCUUGAGCCUAGACAGCAAUACAUGUGCAGGGUACGGGUGAACACCAGGUCCCAAGGAGAAUGGAGCAACUAUCUGUAUGCAUGGACUUUCAGUGACAGAAUCCCUCCAGCGCCAUACAACAUCAGGUUUUCUAACACCACAGACACAUCCUCAGUCAUCUCUUGGACAACUGCCGAGGGUCACUCCAUCUCCUCCAUCAUCAUCAGCUACAAAAUUUAUGGCAAGGCUGAGUACAACCACAUCGAUAUUAUCAUAAAGAACACCAGCAUUACUCAAUACCAUCUCAAGGGCCUUGAGCCAAACACUGUGUACCAGGUUCAGAUUAAUGCUCAGAAUAACAUUGGUUUGAGCAACCCAAACACAUCAUUUGAACUGAAGACUCUUCCAGAAACUAAAGCUCCAUAUGAAUCAAAAGGAGGCAAAAUGCUGCUUAUUGCUAUCCUUGGCUCUGCAGGGAUGACCUGUGUAACAAUUCUCCUGGCCUUUCUCAUCAUGCUGCAGUUAAAGCGAGCCAACUUCCAGCGCCGAAUGGCUCAGGCUUUCCAAAAUGUGGUGAGGGAAGAGCCAGCUGUACAGUUUAACUCAGGUACUCUCACGCUGAGCAAGAAAGCCAAAAACAGCCCAGAUCCCACUAUUUAUCCAGUUCUUGAGUGGAAUGACAUAAAAUUUCAAGAUGUGAUUGGGGAAGGUAACUUUGGGCAAGUCCUGAAAGCACGCAUUAAGAAAGAUGGCUUACGCAUGGAUGCUGCGAUUAAAAGGAUGAAAGAGUAUGCCUCAAAAGAUGAUCACAGGGACUUUGCUGGAGAACUUGAAGUUCUUUGUAAACUUGGUCAUCACCCCAACAUAAUAAAUCUUCUGGGAGCAUGUGAACAUCGGGGAUAUCUUUAUCUUGCUAUCGAAUAUGCCCCCCACGGAAAUUUACUGGACUUCCUCCGGAAAAGCAGAGUGCUAGAGACAGACCCAGCAUUUGCUAUUGCCAACAGUACAGCAUCUACCCUUUCCUCGCAGCAGCUUCUGCACUUUGCAGCCGACGUUGCUAGAGGGAUGGACUACUUGAGCCAGAAACAGUUUAUUCAUCGAGAUUUGGCAGCAAGAAACAUCUUGGUUGGAGAAAAUUAUGUUGCAAAAAUAGCUGACUUUGGCUUAUCAAGAGGUCAAGAAGUUUACGUUAAGAAGACUAUGGGACGGCUGCCAGUGCGAUGGAUGGCAAUUGAAUCUUUGAAUUACAGUGUUUACACCACAAACAGUGAUGUAUGGUCAUAUGGUGUCCUGUUAUGGGAAAUUGUUAGUCUAGGUGGAACACCGUAUUGUGGAAUGACUUGUGCAGAACUCUACGAAAAACUGCCUCAAGGGUACAGACUGGAAAAGCCUCUCAACUGUGAUGAUGAAGUGUAUGACCUAAUGAGACAGUGCUGGAGAGAGAAACCAUACGAAAGACCAUCAUUUGCUCAGAUACUGGUGUCACUGAACAGGAUGUUAGAAGAAAGGAAGACCUACGUGAAUACUACCCUAUACGAGAAGUUUACUUAUGCAGGCAUUGAUUGCUCCGCUGAAGAAGCUGCUUAAGACAGGACAACUCUUCAUUCAUCAAUGAUGUAUUGAAGAAAACCAAAAUUCAAUUUGCUGGAGCCCAAAAUGUGAUCUGCUGUGUAGAACUGUGUAUAGCUCUAACUGUAUAUAAUACAGUAAUACUGUUUUACUACAGAUAUGUAUGUGUAUAUCACACAUUAACCUCUGCCUCCACAGGCUGUAGAAGUGUGUAUACUGUUCAGAGCUGGAACAGACUGAAGUAAUGAAAUUUGCUGUUUCAUAUGCAGGGUUUUGUAUCUUCCUAGUCAUCUAGAUAUAGUGCAUACAUAUAAUUACUGUAACACAUUAGGUAUUGCCACCUUAGGUAUUUUUGAUACUUUCCAGGAGCUACUGAUAGCAAAAUCAGCAUCUUAUAGCAGUAUUUCAUAGGCAUUUCGUUGUAACUUUAAAAAAAAAAAUAAUGCUAAGCUCAAUGUGAUAAUGGGAGUUACAAGCAGAUGUCAAAUCAGUAGGCUCACCAAUGAUAAUAAAGUAAGACUCCUAUUUGAAUGUAAAAGUGAGCUAGUAGAAAUAAUCUCUUCAAAAAUUCUAUUGACACUCAUAAGAUAUAAGGCAUGGUAUUGCUCUUUCAUUGUCCAGUUUAAGCCAGAGUUUCGCUAUAUGCAAAAUAAGCAUUAAACACUUUAAAAUAUAUGCAAUCGGAGGCAGCCAUAUGGCAAUUAUCAUGAAGCACAGGACUGAGGAACAUACUACGUAUAGUAAAAUACAUUUUUACAAUUAGCCUCAAUAUACAUGAGGCUCAUUCAAUUUGUAUUUCAAUUAAUAAUUUCACUGCAUAAUUAUAAAUUACUACCUAUUAUUUACAAGCAGGGCUUACUUACUUUUGCUUAUUUUAUCUGUUAUGCAGUCCGUAGUGUGGUAUGGCCUCUUGAAAGUACUGUACUCAAAUGCUUCAGAACUAUGAUAUUUGGCCUGCCAGAAAGAUCUUCUAGUCCUUAGGUUAGACAAAUAGAGGCAGGAUUGGCUGAGCUUCUGAUACUAAGUCAAUCGUGUGGGAUCUUACCCUAUUCAAACGUCAUGUAAGCAAUACACAACCUGAGAUGUCUCUAUUCAACCUAGACCUCACAGAACAUCCACUAGUUCUGUUAGAGUGUCAAAUAGAAGAACUGCUUCUAUGCUUGCAAUGUGCACUGGGUAUCCCAGGUUCAGUAGCUAGAUUUUAUUGUUUGUUAUUCAGUGCUGGAAAGCCCAGUUUAUGGCAGUAGGUGGCAUACAAAAGUUUUCAGCUUAGCCAUUAGCAGGUUGUAUAUUCUGCCUUCCACAGCACAAUACAUCAGAGCCCAUGCCCCCUCUUUCCCAGGUGUCUCCUAUUUGUUUCUUUGCUGUCAAGAGCAUAAUGCUACCAGUGCACACAGUUUUCCAUUAUUCCAAAUACUCCACAUCUAACAUUCUUUAUAUGCCUCCACCAAGCACAGUGUGCUUGGCAGGUAAGCUAAGAAAUUAUCUGAGAACAGACAUCACUGGCUAGCAUAAUGCAAGAUUCACUAGACACCAUCACAAGGGGAGGGGUACUAAAAAUUCCAAACAAGCACCUUUACCCUCAGUAGAUUAGCUGAAAAGUAAGGUACAAUGACCCUUGAAGAUGUCUGAAUUCAGCUGAUCCACUCAAGGGCUGCACUUCUCCUACUCCUCACCCGAAAAGAAGCACACAUCUGGUCUUAAAUAAUGGGGAUAUUUAAUUCUUACUUCUCUGUGGACACACGGUGCCUGACACAACUGUAAAGUCAAACACAGCCCCUCUCGGCUGCUCAAAAUAUAAUGGUCAGGCAUUUGCUGAAACUGAAAGACAAAAUGUUGGCUAUUACAUACAUCUCAUCAAAACAUGUAAAUACCCAAUGGAAGGAAGCAAGGCAGAUGGGAGUAGCCUCUUCGUAGCAGUAUCCAGUGACAGGAUGAGAAGCAGUGGACAUAAACAGAAAUCUAGGAAAUUCCAUUGAGGGUGGUCAAGCUAUGGAAAAGAUUUCCCAGAAAGGUUGUAGAGGCUCCAGCCUUAGAGAUACUCAAAACCUGACCGGACAUCACAGAGGACUAGACUAGAUGAUCUCCUCAGAUGCCUGUCAAUCCCAGCUUACUGUGGUUCUGUGAACUCUGCAAGGUGAGGGAAGGGAAAUGCAGAAAAUACGCAGAGGCCCAGCUAAAGAGCAUGAACAAUUAAACUAAAUACAGUAAAUUGCAGGUCACCAUCUCUCAGAACAGGAUGCACUCUCCAAGUACUUUAAUGCAUAAGAACCAGCUGUACUGAGUUUUAACCUUCAAUAUAGAUUUAGUCAUGCAGUGUCCUCAUUGUUCAGGGCAUGACUGAGAACUGUGAGAUCUUGUUUACACCACUGAUCUUCUCCUAUGGGGUCCUCAGUGAAGAAUUUCUUCCUUACCACUCUCAGCUUUCUUUGACGAACCACUGCAAAGCAUAACUUCAGCUCAGAGGUAGUGGUGUACAAAAAAUGUCAUCCAUUCUUACAUCUUCAUUUCCUUCUGCUUCCUUCAUACAAAAUAAGUGGCAACAGACUUUAAAAUCUCUCUCUGAAGGCAGCAGAAUCUGAAUCCUACCUUAAGCAGAAGACAGGUCAUUAUACCUGGGAGCAUAGUCCAAUUUUAGCUGGAGUAGUGAAAAUAUUUACUUCUUGAAAUGCUCUACUUUUGGGGAACCUUAUAAGUCAAAGCAUAUUGCUUUUAUACUUGAAUAGCUUCCUACAGGCUCAACUUAUUUAAAAGAGACCAGCUGAUUCUGCUUCAGAAGAGGUCACAUUUCUACCAUUAUGCCUUUUUAUGUCAAUUAGUAUAUUACGCAUGACUAAGUUUGUUUUCUGCCUCACCAUCUGCUUUCAGAGAGAGAGAGAGAAGGAGAAAGGACAGGGGAAAAGAAAAUAAUAAUCUUAAACUUUUAUCAUGCAGCAAAAACCUCAAUUUUAUUUCAGAGGCUGAAAAAGGUGAAAUCAAAAUGUGUAUCUAGAACUCCAAACAAUCAGCACCUUCACUUACUGUACAUGACAGUUUUCAGCUACACAGAGUAGUAAGAAUGAUUGCAGAAAUAAUACUCCUUUAACAGAACUGAAAGCACACACGGGUUUGCUAUUUAACACAAGAAUUUACUCAGUGCAUCUUACUUGUAUGUAUUUUGUGCAUUUGUGUUUUCUCCUUCCUGUACAUCCUAAGCUUCAGAAGUAAAUACAGUUGAGUUUUUCCAUUA